AUGGUCGCUGGUAUUCCUCUGUCGCCCACAGCGAUUCUAGCAAGUCGUUCGCUUCAAGUUCCUUUCGAUGUGUCUCUUGCGACCCAUAAAAGGACUUUGCCUCCUCGACCGACGCAGGACCCUUCUCUACGCCGCGUGCUCGUUACCGGGGGCGCAGGUUACAUCGGCUCUCAUGUCGUGUACGCCCUCCAGGCGACGCGGCGCUACAAGGUCAUCUCAAUAGACAACCACCACAAUGCUUCCCCGAAGGCACUCGAGCGCGUCGCGCAGAUCGCACGCAGCAAUCUCCCUCCCAAUGCUACCGCCCAGGACAAGGACAGCGCGGAAAUCGACGUAUUCACGUGUGAUCUCACCGAGCCCGAGCAAGUCCGGAAGGUCUUCGCCCAUUACGGGAAGGGAGGGAUCUGGGGUGUUAUUCACAUUGCCGCGUAUAAAGCGGUGGGCGAGUCGACGCAGAUCCCCGUGACCUACUACGCGAAUAACGUGGGCGCGACGAUCAAGCUGCUACAGAUCAUGCGCGAGUAUAGUUGCACGCGACUCGUCUAUUCGUCGAGCGCGACUGUGUACGGCGUCCCGCCAGUGAUCCCCAUUCCUGAGACAACGCGUCUGCAGGCGCAGAGCCCGUACGGAAAGACCAAGGUGAUGUCCGAGACAAUCAUAGAGGAUCUCUGUCAUGCGGAACCAAAUACAUGGCGCGCGCUUUCGCUGCGGUAUUUCAACCCCGCAGGUGCACAUCCGUCAGGCCUCAUCGGCGAGGAUCCCCGUGGAAAGCCAGGCAACCUAUUGCCUUUACUGUCUGCAAUAGCUGUUGGACGCGUGAAGGACCAGUUCCAGGUAUUCGGCAACGACUACCCCACCUCCGACGGCACCUGCGUGCGUGACUACCUGCACGUGCUCGACCUCGCCAACGGGCACUUGCUCGCGCUAGACGCGCUCUCCCCCGAGUCGAAAGUGUUCGACAACUGUUCGAGCGUCGCGCGAUUCAAGGCUUACAACCUCGGAAAGGGUAAGGGCAUGAGCGUGCUGCAGAUGAUAGAGGCAAUGCACAAGGCGACCGGGUUUAACUACCAGUAUGAGAUUGUUGGUCGGAGGGAGGGCGAUGUCCCAGACCUCACGGCGGACCCCACUCUCGCAGAGAAAGAACUUGGCUUUACCGCGCAUUCUGAUCUAGAAACGAUGUGCAAGGACCUCUGGAAUUGGCAGUCGAAGAGCCCGAACGGGUACGACGGGCCCGGUGCCUGA